AUGCCAGCAGCAGCAACUGCCGUCAACAACAACAACAAGAGCGACAUUGAAGCCAAGAAGCUGGCUGCCGUGAGUGGCCCGCUCAGCGAGGUUGAGACCAAGAAGGCAAAGGAUUUGCUUUCCUCUCUCUCAUCCGCAUCCGAUUCCGAUCGCGAUUCUGUCGCCGAAGAACUCGCUGAUUUCGUCUCCUCUCAUGGCGUUCAAUCUCUAAAGCAAUUCAACAUUAUCGAUAGCGUGAACAAAAAUCUUAGCAACAAGAAGAAUGCUGGUGCUCGUCAAGGUGCUAUUGCAGCGAUCAAGGCUUUGACCAACAAGAGCUUGGGUGGUCAACUUGAACCCUAUCUUGUUCCUUUCUUGACAUCCUUGUUGGAGUUGCAAGCCGACAAGCAAGCCGCCACCAAGCAAGCCGCAGCAGAAGCAGCCAAGAACCUUGUGGUGCAAGUCAACGAACAUGCAACAGCUGUCAUUGUCCCCUAUUUGUUGCAGGGAUUAGGCAACUCGUGCAAGUGGCAAACAAAGACAUUGGCUUUGUCUCUUUUGGAUGACCUCGUCAAGCUCAAAGCGAAGGCCUUUUUCCAUACCAUUCCUGAUGUGAUCCCUGUCGUCUCUGAUUGCAUGUGGGAUACCAAGGCCGAUGUCAAGAAGGCUGCUACUGCUACCAUGGGCAACAUUUGUGGUCUCGUUGAGAACAAGGAUAUCGAGCGUUUCAUUCCUGCUGUCAUUGCUUGCAUCAACAAGCCGGAGAAUGUACCUGAAACCAUCCAUUUGCUUGGUGCCACCACCUUUGUCCAAGAAGUCGAUGCUGCCACCUUAUCCAUCAUGGUGCCCUUGUUGAGCCGUGGCUUGGCUGAACGUGCCACUCCCAUCAAGCGAAAGUCGGCUUUGAUCAUUGACAAUAUGUGCAAGCUUGUGGAUGAUCCCGAAGUCGCUGCCCCAUUCUUGCCACUCUUGCUCCCAGCCUUGGAAAAGAUCCAAGAUGUCGUCGCUGAUCCAGAGUGCCGUGGUGUCGUUCAAAAAGCACUUGCUACCUUGCAACGUGUUGGCACUUCCAAUGUUGAGAUCUUCACCAAGGCUGAUAAGGCUGACAAGGUCACCAACGUGGUCCAUGAAUUAUUGCCUGCCAAGGUCGAUGACUUUUAUGGUGUCUCUGUAAAGUACCUUUGUGAUGUGGCUCUUGCUUUGUGUGUGGCCAAGAACUUUUUCAAGGACACGUGGGUGCAGGCGUUGCCACCCUACAUCAAGGCUUUCCUCUCAGCUGGUGACGCUGAAGCUUUGGCAAGCAAGGCUCUCGACAAGUGUGAAGAAGCUGUGACUCCCAAGGAUCCUGAAGAAGACGAUGAAGAAGGUGAAGAUCUUUGCAACUGUGAAUUCUCUCUUGCCUAUGGUGCCAAGAUCUUGCUCAAUCGCACUUCUCUUCGUCUCAAGCGUGGUCGUCGUUAUGGCUUGUGUGGUCACAAUGGCUGUGGUAAAUCCACUUUGAUGCGUGCUAUUGCCAAUGAACAAGUCGAAGGCUUCCCUCCAAAGUCCGAGCUCAAGACCGUUUACGUGGAACAUGACAUUGAUGGUUCCGAGUCUGAUACGCCUUUGGUUGAUUUCAUCAUUGCAUCUGAAGGUGUUGAGACAAAGGAACGUGAAAAGGUGGCUCAAAUCUUGCGUGAUUACGGCUUCUCUGAAGAAAUGGUGACUUCACACACAAUCAGCUCAUUGUCUGGUGGUUGGAAGAUGAAGCUUGCUCUUGCUCGUGCCAUGCUCAUGAAUGCCGAUAUCUUGCUUCUUGACGAACCUACCAAUCACUUGGACGUUGUCAAUGUCGCUUGGCUCGAAAACUACUUGCUUGGUUUGAAGAGUGUCACUUCCAUCAUUGUGUCCCACGACUCAGGCUUUUUGGAUCACGUGUGUUCGGACAUCAUCCACUAUGAGAAGAAUUACAAGCUCAAGCGCUACAAGGGUAAUCUCUCCGAAUUCGUCAAGAAGGUUCCUGCCGCAGCAUCUUACUAUUCAUUGGAGGCAUCGCAAAUCAACUUCAAGUUCCCUGAACCUGGCUAUCUCGAAGGUAUCAAGACCAAGGAACGUGCUAUCCUCAAGAUGAAGAAUGUCGACUUCCAAUAUCCUGGCACGGCUCGCAAGCAGCUCAAGAACAUCAGCAUGCAAUGCUCUCUUUCUUCUCGUGUGGCCGUCAUUGGUCCCAAUGGUGCUGGCAAGUCCACUUUGAUUCGACUCUUGACGGGUGAAAUGGAGGCCAACACUGGUACUGUUUGGAAGCAUCCCAAUUUGCGUAUUGCCUAUGUUGCCCAACACGCUUUCCAUCACAUUGAGAAGCAUCUUGACAAGACUCCCAACGAAUACAUCCAAUGGCGUUAUGCUACUGGUGAAGAUCGUGAAGAACUCGACAAGGUGGAUCGUCAAGUCACUGAAGAAGAGGAGAAGCAAAUGAGCCAAACCUUUGUGAUUGAGGGCGAGAAGCGCAUUGUUGAGGAUAUUGUUGCUCGUCGCAAGCUCAAGCAGUCUUAUGAAUACGAAGUCUCAUGGGUUGGCAAGUCAUCUGUGGACAACACCUGGAUCUCUCGUCAAAAGCUUGAACAAAUGGGCUUUGGAAAGAAGAUUGCUGAAGUCGACUCACAAGAAGCUGCAAAGUCCGGUCUCAAUCGCCCUCUCACUGCCAAGGAAAUCGAGAAGCAUUUGGAUGAAGUUGGCUUGGAACCUGAAUUUGCUACCCAUUCUCGCAUUCGUGGUCUCUCUGGUGGUCAAAAGGUCAAGUUGGUUAUUGGUGCUGCCAUGUGGAAUCGUCCUCAUAUGUUGGUGCUUGACGAACCUACCAAUUAUCUCGAUCGUGACUCUCUCGGUGCUCUUGCUGGUGCCAUCAAGCAAUACGGUGGUGGCGUUGUCAUUGUUACCCACAACCGCCAAUUCUCUGAAGCACUUUGUGGUGAAGUCUGGAAGGUCGAUAAUGGUGAGCUUGUCGCAUCAGGUCACAACUGGGUCUCUGGCAAUGGUACCACAGCCAUCAAGGAGGAAGAACAAGAAGACAUGGUUGAUGCUCAAGGCAACACUAUCAAGGCUGUCAAGAAGAAGGAGAAGUUGUCUUCCCGUGAAUUGCGCAAGAAGAAGAAGGAGCGUAUGGAACGUCGCAAGCGUGGUGAAGAGGUGUUCUCUGAUGAAGAUGACUGGUAG